AUGCCACCCCCGAUAAUCCUCCUCCCACUUGGAACCUCGUCCGCCAUCUCAACCCCAACACGGGGUCAUUCCUCCCUAGCCAUCGUCCUACCAACCAGCACAACCCUCCUAUUCGACUGCGGUGAGGGAACCCAGGGUCAAAUCCAGCGCCUAAAACCCUCCUACUCUAUCAAACACUCCAAAAUUUCAAAAAUAUUCAUAACGCACCUCCACGGCGACCACGUUUUCGGCCUGGUCCCGCUGCUGGCAACGAUCCUGAAUGGGGCUGGGGGCGCAGAGGACGAUCCGCGAAUGCUAGGCGAGGGGGAGGGGGGGAGCAAGAGGGCGGUCGACGUGGAGAUCUAUGGCCCAAGGGGGGUGAGAAUGCUUGUUCGACGGACGGUGCAAACGACGUAUAUGAGAUUGGAGGGGGGGUUUGUGGUUCACGAGCUGCUUUUCGCGGAUGAGGUGGGGGACAAGAAGGAGGGAGAGGAUGGGGAACCGUGCUUGGGGGAGAUAGAGAGGGGGAGGGAUAUACUCCCAAACAAAGAUGGAUUCUGGAAGAAUUUUCUAGAAGUGGAUAAUUUCAUUGUCUCCGCUGGGGAAAUCAAGCAUUCGGUUCCGUGCAUCGGGUAUGUUCUAAUGGAGCGUCCACUGCCAGGAAAAAUACCCCCGGACUACGCUAAGCGUAUAUCCAAGUUCAAGCCGGAGCUCAUUCGUGCUGGGUACCCCAACCCGAUGUCUUUCCUGGCGGAGUUGCAGCGCCCAGAGAAGCUUGGGCUUGAGCUCAUGCUCUCGCUGCCCGACGGCACGGUCCUUACUCGCCCGCCGGUGGUGCGCGGAAGGAAGAUUGUUGUGCUUGGAGAUACAUCCGAUCCAUCACUUAUUGCACCACUGGCGGAGGGCGCGGACGUACUGGUGCACGAAGCGACAAAUGCUCAUUUACCAGGGAUAGAUCCGAGGACGAAGGAGGUGGAUACUUAUGAGGUUGUCGAGGAGAGGGCAAGGAGUAGAGGGCAUUCAACACCAGAUAUGGCAGGGAGAUUUGCGAGGAGGUUGGGCCUUGGUGGAGAUGAAGUUAGGGAGGCGCUUUUGGUAUUGAACCAUUUUAGCAGCCGGUAUAAGGACGACGAAGCGGAUGGGGUGGGUGGCGUGGCAAUGAGGAUUAUGGGGGGGGUUAGGAAGUGUGCGGAGGAUGCAUGGGGGAUUAAGGAAGGGAGAAGAGUUAUUUGUGCAAGGGAUGGAGUAAAGAUAGAAGUCAAAGCUUAG